AUGGCGAAAAACGUCUGCAUAAUAGGCGCCGGCCCCUCCGGCCUCGUGGCCGCCAAGACGCUCCUCUACAACGCGCCGCAGGGCGCCUUCAACGUGACCGUGUUCGACGCCCAGAAGCGCGUCGGCGGCCUGUGGCCCACGUCGCCGCGCGAUGACGGCGGCACGGUGCACCCCCUCAUGACGACCAACCAGAGCCGGCACACGAUGCACUUUAGCGAUUUCGGCUGGGAGGACGCCGACGGGCAGUUUCCGCGCGCGUGGAUGGUCGGGCGGUAUCUCGAGCGGUAUCUCGCGCGGUAUCCGGGGGCCGAGGUCCGUCUUGGGUGGAGGGUCACGCGGACGGAGGCGCUCGAGGGGCAUAAUGGCGGAGGCGGCGGGUGGAGGGUCACGGCGAGGGAUGGGUCGGGCAGGGAGGAGGUUGGGCUUUUCGAUCGGCUUGUUGUCGCUACUGGGUUCUUUGGCGAGCCUGUUCUCCCGAGGGGCAUCACGGAUGGGGCGACGGUGCCGGUUGUGCACAGCAGUCGGUAUCGGGGCCUCAAGGGAUUGCUUGGAAAGGGGGCCAAGGGGGGCAAGAUUCUGGUCGUGGGAGGCCAGAUGUCGGGUGUCGAGGUUGCGGGCACGAUUGCGAGUCAUCUUUCGUCUGCGGUCAAUGCGCCAGGGACGACAAGCGAGCUUGCUGGUGCUGAGGGGUACACGAUCCAUCACUUGAUUCAGCAUCCUGCGUGGGUGUUUCCCCUGUACACGACACCCAAGCCCAAGCUGUCGGCUCCCCCUUUUUUGCCGGUCGAUCUCGGCUCUUAUAACCUCAACAACAGGCCCAAGCCCCUGACGAACACGCAGGGCCACAUCGCUCCCGAGACGGCCAAGACGGUGCACGGUAUCUUCCAGAAUAUCGUGGGCCAGGAUCAGUCCCAAUUCUCCGAGUCCAUCGCUGUCAAGGGUGACCUGACCUCGGAGCCACCCUACCUCGCCAUGAGCGAAUUCUACACAGAGUUCGUCCGGUCCGGCCUCAUCACGGCCUCGAAGGGCAAACUGGAAGCAAUGGAGAGCAACACAGCCAUAGUCACUCCGUCAGGCGAGAAGAUCGAGGACGUGGCGGCCGUUGUUCUUGCCACUGGCUUUGAUCCUUCGCCUUGCGUCUCUUUCCUCCCCGACUCGGUCCUCAGGACCCUCCACCACAGCCCUGAGCACCGCGAUCUGCCGUUGGCACUGGGGUUCCACGGCACGCAACACCGCGAUCUGCCGACGUUGGGCUUCGUCGGGUUCUACCGUUCACCCUACUGGGGUGUCAUGGAGAUGCAAGCACGCUUCCUCGCCGCCCUAUGGACACCAGAGAACCUUGCAAAGCCCCCAGCGGGCCUGGCGGCUGCUGUGCAGAGCGAGGCAUGCGAAAAGCGCAUUUUGGCUCUGCGAGAAGAUUCACGAUGCUCGCAGUUUCCGUUUGGUGAUUACGCCUUCAUUAUGCAGGAGAUGGCGGCAGCUUUGGACAUGACCAUAUCACCACCUGUAGAGCCGCCGACGCCGACGCUGCCGCACAACAGCCUUCCCAUGGACAUUCUCACAUCGUCGCGAUACCUUUCACCGCUGGCCGAUGCGCAGGCCAAAGCAGAGAACGCCAAAGUGCUGCAGUAUUCCAACGACGUCGCUACAGCAGCCUUGACGAGCAGCCGAUUCGUCGCGCACGCCGUGUUCCGCAGCCUUCUCGGGACGUGGAAGCUGGAGCGCUCCCUUGACAGCAAACUCCCAUCACACCCCAGCGGCCACUUCAGCGGCACGGCACGGUUCCUGCUCCGCGACGCCACGGCGGACGGCUUGCAGUGCGCAUCGUCGAGCGACAGCGUCGCGCCAUCGGCGACGGACCCAGGCGACCCCGGUCAGGAGUACCUCUACAUCGAGGAGGGCGAGUUCAAGGCGAGCAACGGGCUCGUGUUCCAGGCGCGGCGUCGGUACAUCUGGCGGUACGACGAGAAGCACGACACGAUCAGCGUGUGGUUCGUGCGGACAGACGACGACAAGAGGGCAGACUAUCUAUUCCACGAGGUCGAGUUUGAGACGAAGCUGGCGACGGAGGAAUCAGACGAGAGGGCGCCCUGGAGGGCCAAGGCGGGCCAUCUGUGCAUCGACGACUUCUACAACGUCGCGUACGAGUUUGCGUUCGCGGCGGUGCACCUGAGAGAGUGGUCGAUCGGGUAUGCGGUGCAAGGGCCGAAGAAGGACUACGCCAUCCGCGGGGUGUACCGGCGGGAGUAG